AUGGACUCCAAGGCCGCAGACCUACUGCAGUACGCGCAAGAGUACGCGUCAAAAGAUGUCGACCUCUACGAUCUGCUGGGCAUCGACGCCCUCACCGCGAAGGACGACAUCCACCGCGCAUGGCGCAAGCGCUCCCUGAAGUUCCACCCCGACAAGGCCGGCUCCAAGUUCGACCCCGAGAAGUGGCAGCUGUUCGAGCGCGCCCGCGAUGUCCUCUCCGACCCCGACGCGCGAGCGGCGUACGACAAUGCCAUCAAGGCCGUGCUGCUGCGGAAGCAGGAGCGCGAGGCCAUGGACAACCAGCGCAAGCACUUUGUCGACGACCUAGAGGCUCGCGAGAACGCCUGGAAGCGCCAGAGAGAAGAGAAGGAACAAAGCGAUAAGGAUGCGAUCGAGAAGGAGAGGACGCGAUUGCAUGAGGAACAACGGAUGCGCGAGGAGGAGGAGAAGCGACAGGUCGAUGCCGCGCAGGAGCUGGAGGACCUUGCCGAAGCGAAACGGCGCCUCAAGGAAAAGAAAGAGAAAAAGAAGCAGGACGAAGCAAGGGAGAAGUUCCUAAGAAAGUCCAGGAAGGCUGCCAGCGCCGGCGACGGCAAAUCACAACCUCAAGCGCCCCGAAAUGGCGUCAUUGUGGUCCCAGGAGACUACGUCUUCGACUCCGGGACGGAGAGGAGAAAGUAUUGGGAAUUGGUCUGCGACAAGCUUAGAGCUGUGCAGGCUAUGAGAAAUCUGAGCAAGCGAGAAUCCACAUUCGAGGAGCAGGAGGAAGCACAAAAUGGCCUCCAGGAGGCGAAGCUGAGGAUACAUCAAGCCGAAGUGAAAUUUGCCGAGGAGAAAUCAGCGGCCUAA